AAAGAAAUGAAUUUUUUAAAAAUUUAGAAUUUGAAUAAGAGAGAUUUAAUUAGAGGAGGAAUUGUAUUAGUAUUAUCAAGUGGGUUGGGGAUUUGGACAUUAGAUAAAUUAUGCAAUUAUCUAAAACAUAAAAAAAUGGAAAGGAUAUGUUUAAGAAAGAGAGCAUCAGCAAAUGAGGCAAUAAAUAAUUAUAAACUAAAACAUAAAAGUUGUUCAUUAAAUUAAUAGAUUUAAAAAUAAAUAUUAAAUGGUAAUGUAGCUUAGAUAAAAUAACUUUUAUAUGAAGGAAAAACGACUGUAUUAGAAACAGUUUUGGUUUUUAUAGAAAGAAUUUUAAAGGUAGCAUGUUCAGAUUAACUUAAUAUAGUGACAGAAAUUAAUUUUGAUGAGGCAUUAGAGGAAGCUAGGUAAGAUUAUGUAAUAAUAUAGAAAAUAAGAUGAGGAGAUAAAAUAAGAUAGAAAUGUAAUAAAUAAAUAUGGUUUAUUUGGUAUUCCAGUUUCAGUAAAGGAAACAUUCAUAUAGAAAAACUUUGAUUCAACAUUUGGAUUAGGAAUAAAUUGUUUUAAGCCAGCUUAGGAAGAUGGAAUAUAAGUUGCAUAAAUAAGAUAAGCAAGAGGUAUAAUAAUAGCUAGAACAAAUGUUCCAUAAGUAGCGAUGACAUUUGAAUCAGUAAAUCAUGUAUAUGGUAGAACAUAAAAUCCAUGGAAUAAAAAUAGAGCUGUAGGAGGAUCUUCUGGAGGAGAAGGUGCAUUAGCAGCAGCAAGAGGAAGUGUUUUAGGAAUAGGAUCAGAUAUAGGAGGUAGUAUACGUAUACCAGCUGCAUUUUGUGGUGUAUAUGGAUUUAAACCUUAUAGUGGAAGGAUUCCAGAUUAUGGUGAAGCAAAGAUUUCAAUAGCUAUUGAAGGUUUUAUGUAACUUAAAGUAUCUAGAGGACCUAUAGCUAGGUGUGUUGAUGAUUUAAUUGUUUUAACAAAAAUUUUAUUCGAUAAAGAAAUUUACUCUCAAAUUCCUUAAUAAAUAAAAGAUCCUUAUUUUGAACCUUUAUAAUUAAGUGAAUUUCCUAAAAAAUAAAAAUUAAGAGUUGGAUAUUUUGAUGUUUUUAAUGGAUUAGUAACUCCUAAAUGUAUGAGUAGAGCAGUACGAGAAACUUGUGAAAUAUUAUAAAAUUUGGGACAUGAAAUAGUUGAAUUUAAAGUAGAUAAAAAAAUAUAAAGUAUAAUUGCUAAUUGUUUUUUAAAAAUUGUUGUUGCUGAUGGUGGAAUGAAAUCUUAUAUUGAAGCUUUAAAUGGUUAGAAAUUUAUUGAAGAAUAUGAUUUAUUAGUUUAAGAUGCAAAUACACCUUUAGGAAUUAAAAGAUUUAUUUUAUCUCCCUUAUUUAAGUUGUUAAGAUAACAUACACUUUUAGAAUAUAAUGAAAAUUCAAAAGUAGAUGUAUAUUAAUAUUUGGUUGAUUCUGGUGUUAGAAAAUAAACUAAUUUAUAAUUUUGUUAAGCUGUUGUUGAUCAAGGUAUAGAUGUAAUAAUCUCUCCUGCUUUUGGAUUACCUGCAGUUAAACAUGGUGGUUCUAAAGAAUUAGCAUUUGCUGCGUAUAUUUUAUUUUUUAUUUUAGAUUGUAUACUUGGAUGUGGAAUGUGGUAGAUUUCCCUGCAGGAAGUCUUCCAAUCACAACUGUUUAAAAUGAUGAAGAUUUGGAAAUUCCAGGAAAAUAAAAUUCAUGGGAUCUUGUUUAUCAUUUUAUGAAAAAAGAUUUAUAAGGAGCAAUAGGUCUUCCAAUUAAUGUCUAAGUUGCAGCUUUACCUAAUUAAGAUGAAAUGGUUUUAAGAGUUAUGAAAGAAAUUGAAGCUGCUGUUAAAUUCAAUUUGAAACAUCCAUAUCCAGAUUUAAAUUGAAAUAAAUGAG